CACCCUUGACUGGUGAUGUGCAGUGAUGUAUAUAAUGAUGUAUAAAUGCGGUCUUACAUUUGUUGUGUAGAAACCUAACCUAUGGCAACAUUCUUUUCUAUUGACAUUAUGUACCUUUCGAAACGUGAGUUAUUGAUUAAUGACAUGUUAUAGUUUUCAAGAUCGAAAUAAUAUGACGAAGUGCGAAUUGAAUCAAAUAUUUCUGGGCGAAAUAGUAUCCGUUCAAAAUUACGGAGCUUUUAUCAGAAUACCAGGUAUCUCGCAACAAGGCUUAAUACACCGGACACAGAUAAGCUCGUCUCAUGUCGACAAUGUUGCAGAGAUUUUGCAAAAGGGUGAGAGAGUUUGGUGUAAAGUGAUCUCUGUAGCAGAGGAUGGCAAGAUAGGACUUUCUAUGAAACAUGUAAAUCAAGGGAAUGGCACAGAUUUGGACCCUAAUGGCGUGGAGCUGCAGAAAGACAUUCAACGUAAGAAAACUCUAGGUACAGUUCAACGGAAGGCUAUAAAGUUAGAGGCAGUACUCAAUACUACAUGCACAAAAUGCGGCACUAAGGGACACAUGUCCAAGGAUUGUUUCAUGCCUCCAGAUGGAAAGAAAUAUGAACUAAUCCCUGAAAUUGAGGAGGAGAGCAUACCGGAGCCAGUCAGCGAGAACAAAGAAAAGAAGAUAGAAAAAAAGCAUAAAUUGAAAAAGAAGAAGAAAAAGUCAAAAAAGAGCAAGCAAUCUACAGCAGAUGACAGUGAUAUGGAUGAAAAGGAGAGAAGUAAAAAGAAAAAAAAGAAAUCUUCCAAGGAACGCAAGAAGCACAGAAAAAAACAUAGCAGCAGCAGCUCAAGUAGCGACUCUUGUAAUAGUUCUUCUAGCCACGAUGUAAAGGCUCAUAAGCGAAAACAUUCGGAAGAUCGUGAGAUUCGUACAAAGAAGUGCAAACAUUCGAAAACUAAGCACCCAGAUUGAUUGACAAGUAAUUUUUUGCGCAAAUACAAUGGUCUAAUAUUCUACACACAACUUUUUGUAUGUAUAUAACAUAUAAUAUAAGCCUAAACAAUAUUAUUUCAAAAUUCAAAUGAAAUAUUCAGUGAUCAAAAUAUUCAACUUACUGGUGUCAGAUAUUUGUAAGUUAGGUGCACAUUUUCGGCUAGAACAUCUGCAGCUAAGUCAUAAUAUUGAUAUUUACAAUACAGAAGUAACAAAUUGGCAAAAGUCUCAGGUGGGAAUGGAUUUUGCUGCAGUAAAAACUGUAGCUUCUCGAAUCCUUCGUUUGGUUUUACAUCCAUGUUUAUCAAGGCCUGAUUGUGCAAAGUAACAGCGUCCAAUUCUUCUUCGGAACGCGGUGGCAUGUCUGUUAACGCCUCUUUCGCCGCAUCAUCUGCAGUUAAUAUAAAAAGCAGCAUAAGAAGCAUAUUUAUUUUCUAAAAAUUGUAAAGUGCAGCGAUGUAAAAUUACAAUUUUGCAAUUGAUAUUCUAUGGCAGCUUUCAAGUUGAACGCCUCUGUCAAAGCUGUCUCGUGCAGUGUCAACGUAUUUCCAACGCUUUGAACUUCAAUACCCUCAGUAGUCAUCCCCACACUUAACUCAGGAUGCUCUCUUAUACCGUGCUCAAUAAUACUAGCUGAAGCACAACAAAAUGUAAUUUGAAAUGAAUAAACAGAAUACAAAAUUA